AUGCCCGGACCAAGGUCAAGAGGCUGUGCAAUAUGCAAGAUCCGGAAAAUAAAAGUGUGUGACCAGCAGUGGCCAACGUGUUCACCCUGUCGGCGGAAAGGGGCAACAUGCCCCGGACCAACACCGUUAGUCAGGCACAAUGCUACAGAUCGCGAGCCGAAUUCCGCAGAUGGAAAGAUCCGCCUCAACACGCCCCAGCCCGCGCCUAGCACUCUUGCCGAUCAUGUUGCGGCACAGCUUGUCCGUCAUCUGAAGACUGCCCCGGAUCGCGGCAUUGUCAUCCAGACCCGGUAUCUCAAGGACAUACCCAAACGCCUAUCCCAGCACCCAAGCCUGCGGGACACCAUCAGCUUGUUCUACACGGUCUGGGCCAAUCAUCGUCGUCAGAAACCUGCCGUCGAUUUCGUCAACCUGCCAGAAUACGGCAAAGCUAUCCGGAGUCUUCGUCUAGCCUUGUCGAGUGACCAGGCUUUCACGACGGAGACACUCGCGUCUGCGACGAUUCUCCAUCGCGCAGAGGAGGUGUUCAAUCCCAGCCGCCACAAGGUUCUCCAUCAACAAGGAAUCGCGAGUUUGGUGACCGCAGUUGGCAAGCCUAGGCCGAAUGACAAGUUUCAGGCACAACUCAUGGCGGAAAUAUACGUUAUCAUGGUCCCACACGCAGUUGCAACUGGUUGGACGAAUAAUCUAAACGAGCCUGACUGGAGGGCUUCCAUCGAGAAAAGUCUAUCGUACUGCAUACGGAACGAAGAGGCAAGGCCACAGUUCAAGUCAACCAUGCAUAAGUGCGAAGACAUGGUGAAUAGACUCCCAACAUUAGUCCAGAUGAUCCGGACUUCCGGUCCUGGUGUUACCUACGAAAGGAAAGCAGAAUUGAAGGAAGAAUUUCAACAGACGAUCAUGGAUAUGCAAGAAAGAAUCGCCGCCUUGGUGAGAAAGCUCAUCCAGGUGGGGGAGAUAACGGAAGAAAAGGACCCGAAAUCCAUUGCGGGCUCGAGCUACAGCUUCUCGAGCGUGACACUCGCCCAGAUAUUGCUCUCUAUGCAAAGUCUCCAUCUGGGAUUCUCCAGAAUGCUCUAUGACUGGAGCGUAGCGGAGCAGUUCCCGGAUACAGCCGCCCAGUAUCGGAAUCUAAAACAGCUCUGUGUUCACAUAUGGAAGCACAUUAGGUUCCUCCGCAGUCUCGAACCAUUCGUCGCAGCUGCAACGCCCCGCGGUCUCUAUUUCACGCUGGAGCUUGCAGAUGCGGAACAAAAGAGUCACCUGCUGGACCUGUUUGCAGAGAUUAACUGUUUCUUGAGAAGACUUUCUUCCGAUCGAGAAGAGAUGGAGAGACAAAUUCUAACACAAGUCAGACUUGUAACGGGUCGCAAGCCCUAG